CAAUUUUGACCGAUUCCCAAGUCUUCAGGACUGGGCCGCUGAAUGAAGCGCGGCGGCCAAAUCCUCGAGUAUUGAAUUUCAAACGGCAUUAUACGUUGCUAAUCGUAGGAUGUGGCCCUGAUCACGAGAGCAUCGAGGUUAGUCUUCUGGGGCUUAUUUUGUUCAAAGUACUCCGGAGUACAGCUCGGAGAUUCGGCAUGGUAAUUUUCCGAAUUGUCUCGCCGCUUUAUCUUCGGAGCAUUCUGUCGAGCUCGCGGUCGCCUUGGACUUAAUGUCUGAGUUAUCUUUUUAACCAAGGACGAACUUCAUGCUUACUAUGGUGACUAUUAUGCGGCAUACAUGAACAGAUAGCUUGUAGGAGAUAAAAAGCUGAGGUUGCUCUGGCGGCCACGGAGCCGAAAUGGAUGUCGAUAUGAUGGAGCCUCGAGGCACCAAAAGGCCCAUAGAGGAAUCUGAGGCCUCUUGUAAGCCAAGGAAAAUCAGAGCCCUGGAUCCUGAUGUCGUGAACAAAAUUGCAGCCGGAGAGAUUAUAGUGGCUCCCAUGCAUGCGCUAAAGGAGCUUAUAGAGAAUGCGGUGGAUGCUGGCGCUACGUCACUUGAGAUUCUUGUCAAAGAGGGUGGUCUUAAACUGCUUCAGAUCACUGAUAACGGUCACGGAAUUGAAGUUGAGGACUUGUUCUACAAUGUCCCAACGAGGCGCAGGGCGUUUCGAUCUGCGAGCGAGGAAUACGCAAAGGUCCUAGAUGUUGUUGGCCGGUACGCAGUACAUUGUUCUGGAGUUGCCUUCUCAUGCCGUAAACAUGGUGAUGCAGGCGUCAGCAUUUCAACGACAGCAGCUUCAAACAGGCUGGAUAGGAUUCGCCAGAUUCACGGCAGUGCAGUCGCCAACGAGCUCGUCGAGUUCAGUGUCAAGGACGAUAAGCUAGGGUUCUCGUCAUCCGGUCUCGCGACCAACGCAAAUUAUCACGUCAGACGAACGACCAUUCUUCUCUUCAUCAACCACCGGUCGGUGGAGUCUACAGCGAUCAAGCGCGCUGUCGAACAGACGUAUUCUACCUUCCUACCCAAAGGUGGUCAUCCAUUUGUCUAUCUCGAUAUUGAAAUCGAGCCCCACCGGCUCGAUGUGAACGUCCAUCCCACGAAACGGGAGGUCAACUUCCUCAAUGAGGACGAAAUCAUUGAGAUAAUUUGCGACGAAAUCAGAUCCAAGCUCGCUCUAGUCGACUCUAGCCGAACAUUUCUAACUCAGACCCUCCUCCCGUCCGUUCAAACCCUGGCUCCUCCAAACAGAGAUACAGAGGCCGGCCCCUCUGCCCCUAAAACCCCAGCAACAUCCAAAAAGCCCUACGAGAACAACCUCGUCCGAACCGACUCACGCGUCCGCAAAAUAACCUCAAUGCUGACUCCAACCAUGCACCGCACAUCCAUAACAACCACGGACGCCGACGGACCAGCGCAGGCCACAGCCACUCAAAUCGUCCUCGACGAAGGCUUCCAAUACGAAGCCACAGACCGCGAACCCCUCAAGAUCACACUCACAUCUGUAAAAGCCCUCCGCGCGACCGUCCGUAACUCAAUGCACAACACUCUCACCGAGACAAUCGCUGGUCACACCUACGUCGGGCUCGUCGACGAACAACGCCGCGUAGCGGCCAUCCAGUCCGGCGUCAAACUCUACCUGAUAGAUUACGGCAUGUUCUGCAACGAAUUCUUCUACCAGAUCGGUCUUACCGAUUUCGGGAACUUUGGCACUAUUAAACUCGAUCCGGCGCCUAAGCUCGUCGAUAUCAUCCGUAUAGCAGCUGAUGCCGCAGUUGAGAACAUGCAACCACAAACCAUUAACACGGCAGCCGCCGAAGAGGAGCGCGAAGUCUUCACCAAAGCCCCCGAAACAGUCGCACAAACCUUGAUAGAUAGGCGAGAAAUGCUCAGCGAGUACUUUUCCAUCGAGAUAUCAGACGACGGACACCUACUCACAAUCCCUCUCCUCCUAAAAGGCUAUCUACCGAGUCUCGGCAAACUACCCCGGUUCCUCAUGCGCUUGGGUCCGUACGUCAACUGGGAGGACGAGCAAGAAUGCUUCCGGACGUUUUUGCGCGAACUCGCUGCGUUUUACGCGCCGGAGAAGCUGCCGAGGCAGGUGUCGUCGCUGCAGAAUGUGAAGUCGCAAGUCCAGGAAGGCGAAGGCCAGGGCGACAUUCAGGAUGCCGAAGAUGUGGAGGUCGAGUAUAUCCGGACCCGACGGGCGCAAAUGGUGCGCAUGCUGGAACAUGUGGUUUUCCCUGCUUUGCGGGCUCGGCUUGUUGCUACGACGGGGUUGUUGAAGGGUGUUGUUGAAGUAGCGGAUCUGAAGGGGUUGUAUCGGGUCUUUGAGCGGUGUUGAUUUUCGAUCCAAACAUGCACACUACGUUCCAUAACGAGGUUGAGGUACUGUAUAUGAUGUAUGCUGCAUUUACCUAGGUUAUGACAGGUUAGAUCUAGAUGGUCAUGAUGGUGAUUGUCGUUGCAAAUCUUGCAAGAUAUAAUUAUCAAUAGGAGAAUUGUUGAGAGUACACACGAACAGAACCUGUCAAUAAAUAUAGCCACCGCAACUGCUAACGCCAAAGUGAAUAUGCCAGAGUAGAUAAGGAACAGUGAAGAUCGCUUUCAAAAAUACAUAGAGCGAACCGCGGUGAUAAGGAUGAUGAAAGAGGAGUUUGAACGAAGGUCAAGUCGAGCCAAGUCAUAUCAACAGUGCGGUGGUAUCCGAACAUACAACAGUCAAACAAAUUAGAAGUCAGCCGCCGAGUGACCUAACCUUUCA